CAUCAAUUUUCUUAAAAAAAACUAGCAAACCAGAGAAAACUCCUCCUCCUGCUUCAUACCAUCCUCUGAGAAAAUGGCUGGUGAAGAGGUGAUUUUGUUGAGUGUCUAUCCGAGCAUGUUCAGUAUGAGGGUCAGAAUAGCACUAGCUGAGAAGGGUGUCAAGUAUGAACUCAAGGAAGAGGACUUGACGAACAAGAGCCUGCUUCUUCUUGAGAUGAAUCCUGUUCACAAGAAAGUUCCAGUUUUGAUUCAUAAUGGAAAGCCAAUACUUGAGUCCCUUAUAAUUGUCCAGUACAUAGAUGAGGUAUGGCAUGACAAGAAUCCAUUGGAACCAUCUGAUCCUUAUGAGAGGGCUCAAGCAAGGUUCUGGGCUGACUUUAUUGACAAGAAGGUUUUUGAUCCAGCAAGAGGGAUCUGGGCAACAAAGGGUGAAGAGCAGGAGGCAGCCAAGAAGGAAUUCAUAGAGAUUCUGAAAAUAUUGGAAGGAGAACUUGGGGAAAAACCUUAUUUUGGAGGUGAAACUUUUGGGCUCGUGGAUGUGGCUCUUAUUCCUCUAUACAGUUGGUUUUAUGCCUUUGAGACCUGUGGAAACUUCAAGAUUGAGAGCCAAUGUCCAAAGCUUGUGGCUUGGGCCAAAUUUUGUAUGCAGAGGGAGAGUGUGUCCCAGUCCCUUUCUGAUCCUCACAGUGUUUAUGAUACUGUCCUUUUUCUGAAGAAGAUGUUUGGGAUCGAAUCGAUUACCACACAAUGUUCCAUUUUCUUACUGUAGAUUAUUCACGAAAAUAAUUUGGGAGACCAAAGAUGUGAUGGUUUUGU